GGUGAGCCGGGAGGGGGCGCAGAGAGGCGGAGGGGAUCGUGCGCGACACUCCGCCGCCGACACCGGCCAGCGCAGGCACGCGCGCCAGAGAGAUCCCGGUAUCUAUUGAAAAGUGUCCGCGGAGCGUCCCGAGAAACCCGGCCGGGAGGGGAAAAUAUUGGGGUGAGGCAAUGGGAAGCCCUGAAGACGACUUGAUUGGGAUCCCUUUCCCAGAACACAGCAGCGACCUGCUGGGCAGCCUCAACGAGCAGCGCCGGAGGGGGGUUCUCUGCGACGUGACCUUGCGGGCCCAGGGAUCGGAGUACCGGACCCACCGGGCCGUGCUGGCGGCCUCCAGCCGCUACUUCCGGCGGCUCUUCGCGGGGCCCGGCAUGGGCGUCUGCGAGCUGGAUUUCGUGGGGGCCGAGGCGCUGGGCGCCCUGCUGGACUUUGCCUACACUGCCACCCUGACCAUCAGCACGGGCAGCCUGGCAGAGGUGCUGCGAGCCGCCCGCCUCCUUGAGAUCCCCUGCGUCAUCAAGGCCUGCGUCGAGAUCCUGCAGGGAAACGGCUUGGAAGCCCCCGUCCCCGAUGACGCCGCCCGCGAGCGCGCCCACCGCUACCUGGAGGCCUUUGCCACCCUUCCCAACGCCGAGGGUGACCUGCCCGAGCCGCCCGUCUACCCGGCCCCCCGCCGCAGCAAGAAGAUCCGCAAAUUCCUGCAGGCCAAGGGCUCCCGCCUCAACAACCACCUCGCCGAGCUGUCGCCCUCGCCAUCCCCCUCGUCGACAGGGACGCAGGAGCGGCCGAGCCCCCCCAGUCAGGCCUCUCCGGCGCCAGUCCUCGCGCACCCCCACGAGGAUGAGGUGCUGGCGCCCUCUCGCGCCUUCCCGUACCCGUACGCCCCUGGCCUCUCGCCGGAAGACCUGGGCUCGGACGAAGAGCCCACCGAACACGACAUCAUGUCCUACAUGCGGGCCCUCAACCCGGAAGGGCCGUCCCUGGGUCUGGACCCCCCGGACAAGCUGGUGCGCAAGCGGCGCUCGCAGAUGCCCCAGGAGUGCCCCGUCUGCCACAAGGUCAUCCACGGCGCAGGCAAGCUGCCUCGCCACAUGCGCACCCACACCGGGGAGAAGCCCUUCGCCUGCGAGGUCUGCGGGGUCCGCUUCACGAGGAAUGACAAGCUCAAGAUCCACAUGCGGAAGCACACGGGAGAGCGCCCCUACUCGUGUCCCCACUGCACGGCCCGCUUCCUGCACAGCUACGACCUGAAGAACCACCUGCACCUGCACACGGGCGCCCGUCCCUACGAGUGCUGCCUAUGCCACAAGGCCUUCGCCAAAGACGACCACCUGCAGCGCCACCUCAAGGGCCAGAACUGCCUGGAGGUGCGCACCAGGCGCCGGCGCCGUGGGCCCGAUCCCGAGCCCAACUCCUUGCCCGCCGCGGGGACGCCCUUGGCCGACCACGACUUGGCCAACGGGCUGACGGAUGAGCAGUGCCUCUCGCUCGCCCGCGGCUACUGGGAUCCGGCCCGCGCCCAGCAAGCCCUGUCUCCUCACAUCAAAGAAGAGGAGGACGAGGAGGAGGAAGGCCGCGAGGAGGGAAUGGCGACGGACGACGGGCCGGCGGCGGAGGCAGAAACGGCGUAGGGCCCCCCCUCCCCGAGACUAGGCCUCAGGCCUUCUUUGCUUUGGCCGUUGCCACGGCGACUCCGGGGACUAGGCCGUGGUCCAGGCCGAGAUGCACUAUUUCCCCACCCUUUCUGUUGCCGCGGCAACGGAGACGAGAUGCACUAUGACCCGCCCCUCCCUGGCGCACUGAUUUGGUGCCUUUAGCGACCCCUCAAAGGGGUACGGGGCAGUUAUGAACCAAAGCAGGUGGGGUUGGGGUGGGGUUGGGGUGGUGGGAGGGCAGAAAAGCACGGGAGAGGGUUCAUAUGCUCAGGAUCAAUGAAAUAAGCAAUUAAAUAGGGGUAGUGCUAUUUGGGGGGGGGCGUGGGAGGGAAUCCUAAUUUUUCCCCCUAAGAAAACAAGAGAAUUAUAUAACUUUGGGAAGGGGGGAGUGGUUGGUGGCCCCCAGACCCUGCACUUUUGGGGGGUGCUCUGACCCCCAUGUUAGGGAGGCUAGGAGGGGAUGACUAGAUUUAUUUAUUUUUCUUAAGGCAAGGAUGUCAGGUUGAGGAGCUUUUGAGGAGUGUGCCAGGUUUCCUGGGUUUGAUCCCUGCCUCUGGCUUUCCAGAGAAUUUUAUUUCUGAGGAGGCAGAAGAAAGAAAAGAUCUUUAUAUUAUCCGGGCCUUGAGACUGGCAGCUGCUUUUUGAGAGGGGGUGAGUGGGAGGCCCACAACCUUUGCAUGGUGGGAAGGGAAAACAGAGGGUGUUUUUUUCCACACCACCCAGGGGCGGUGCCUGCACCCUAUAUUGGCUGCACCUCCUUUUUUGCACAGAGAGCCCCGCUCGGCCCUCGAGGCUUCCUGGUGGCGUCCUUGCACAGUGCAGUGGGCUGGUCCCAGCAGCAACUCGUCGUUGUCGUCCCCAGCUUGUUCAUUUGGGGUAGGAAGAUGCCCCCAAAACGAGUCUUCUGACCCACAUUCCCAUAGCUUUUCCACACCAAGACCCGGAACUCCUUGCAAGAAGAUAGGUUUUAGCACUUGGCGGGGGACGGACCAUCAACUUGGGGUUACCCCCCCCCUAUAAAAACCCUCCCCACAGAAGUUUCAUUCCACAGCAACAGGUGUCCGGUGGACUUUUGCACAAAAAUGCAAUGACCCCGUUGUGUUGACACCCCCCCACCCCACUUUAAUUUUCCUCCUCCACUGUUGCACUAGGGUUUUUGCCUGUGAUUUGAGGGCGGGAGGGUUCGGACUGGCACACUCCUCAAUGGUGGUUAGGGGUCAGGUCUAACUUGUUCCCCCUCACCCCCAUUUGCACAUUCCUUAGAUUUCCACGCCCCCCAUCACCUCUCUGGAGGGGGCAAAACAGCCGGUGGGUUGGGUUGGAGAGAGGCGGCGUUUGGGGAGCGCAGGGAAAAGUCCGUCCCUAGAGUAUUAGCACAGAGUUUAAUCUAUAUUUAAGAGAUGAUGUAAUAUAUUAUUCCCCCCUCCCCAAACUCUGCUUUCCCUUCCACCCCCCAAACCUUGUCCCAAUUCCCCCCACCCUCCCCGCAGGUGUGUUUUGGGGGAGCCUCUCCUCGGGUGAAUAGAGGGAGGGCAGGUCUCUGGUGAGAGCCCCAUGUCUUCCCGGACUUUGUUUUUUAAAAAGUGCCUGUAUGUUUAAACUUGAAUUUCUAGCUACUUGAAGUGCAAAAAACCCCCCGCUUGUUCCACCUUACCCUGCAAUACCUCAGCUACACCUCACCCUGUCUUCCCUGUCUUGAAGACGCCCCCCUCCCCUUAGACUCUUCCUGCAGCAGCGAUUUGGUGAUGGGGUGGGGGGGAACAGCUGGAGAUGAAUGAAAAUACCACCCUCCCCAUUGCUUUUCUCUGGGAGCGCUAGCAAAAAUGUGCAUAUUUUCCUAGAUGGCUGUGGGGGCGGGUAUGUGGAAAAGACGGAUCGGGUGUUUACCUCCCCGCCAUUUCAUUUGGUGUUGUUUUUUUUAAAUUAUUAUUAAUGUGCUGGUAUUCCCGGUGUCCGUUGAGGCUGCUUGACAAUAAAAAAGGAAAGCAGGGGAAAUUU